GCUUGUCUUUUGGGGAGGUCCAAGGCGUCUCCUCACAGAAGGGCGCCCGAGCCUGGGGUUGAGGCCAAGGAGGAGGAGGAGGAGAAUGUGCCGGUGAUCCAGGUGGACUACUGCUACACCUUUACCAAGCGACGCCAUGAAGUACAAGAGCAGAUGGAAGGAACCGACGCCGGCACGGACACGGACGAGAAGGCCUUCGAGGAGGAAGCGCCGAACCCCGAGGACUACCGUGACCAGUUUGGUCUGACCCUGGUGGCUGCCGAAUCCACCACAGGGUGGCUGGCUGCAGUUCCUGUGCUGCAGAAGGGCGCGUCUGCGCUGAAGCGUGUCACCGAGAACCUGGUGCGUCUGAGCCUCCAGGUCAGUGCCGCAGGGGAGGUUGCCUUCCAGGGUGACCCAGAGCCCUCGGUGAAGCAAAUCCUGAACAGCGUGGUGGCGUGCAGGACGAAGCUCGGCCUGAAGACGAAGGCGAAGAUCACCCAAAAGGGCAGCCAUAGCUCGAAUGGACAGGUGGAGAAAGCGAUCGACACUUUGAGGAGGAGCGCGCUGACCCUCAAAACCUUUGCCGAGGACCGGGCGAAAGUGGUGCUAGAAGGGGACCACCACAUAUUCGGGUGGCUUCUUCGACACGCCGCCUACUUGCACAACCGCUUCUUCACCGGACACCGCGGCAUUCCCGCGUAUGAGGCUAUGUUUGGCCGGCGCUUCAAGGCAAACCUCUUGCCGUUUGGAGAGCUUUGCAUAUACCACGCCCCUAGCAAAUACAAGGGGGACCUGCAAUGGCAAAGGGGGCUCUUUGUGGGCCUCAAUGAAAAGAACGGGGCCAACAUAGUGCUCACACCAGAUGGGGCACGAGAGGCCCGAAGCGUUCGCCGACUUCCUGAAGAACAACAGUGGGAUGCCAAGGCGCUUGUGACGUACCGCGGCCUACCCUGGGACUACGGUGGCACAAAGAAGCGGAAGCGGCCCCUCUACACGUCGGCCCGGCUUCCUUUGCUUCCGGACAACGCCACCUUGGAGGAGCUUGCCAAGGCCGCGGGCACGGCAGCAGCAGAAGCCAUAGCAGCAAGCACCCCAAAGCCAAACAACAACAACGACGAAGCUGGGUCAGACAGCCCGACCUCAAGCUCUACGAGUUCUCCUUCGCCUGGAUGGUGGAAGCCAGGAGGUGGGAGAGUCGUUGCAGAGGGUGGUUUGCUUGACGAUGGGGAAGGCCCUUCCUGGGACGAGCACGGAGAGCACGCGCCAGAGCUCAGCGAGGACGAGCUGGACUUGGUCAACGCAGCCAGCGACAAGACUGAGAUCGAAAGAUUGGUGGCGAUGGGGGUGAUGAGGAAGCGGCCAGGGUGGAGACGAGGCAGCCGCUUGGUGGCCCGAGAAUUCAAAGCGUGGACGCCUUGGACGCAAGACCUCUUCGCGCCUGCUUCGAAUUUGGCAGCCGCCCACUCCUUUAUGACGUUGGCGCUAACCUUUGGGCUGGAACUGGUGACGAUCGACGUGAAGGACGCUUACCUGAAUGUUCCACAACCGGAACCGGUGGUGAUCGAAGUGGAGGCGGCCCUCUUGAACUCCUCCCACCGGGUGGGGGCUAGCGCGUGGUACGGCUUCGCCAAGAAAAUCCUCAACGACAACGGGCUUGUCAAUUUCGACAAGGAGCCGACGGUGUUCCGCCACGAGGACCCUCAGGACCCAACAGCCCUUCUUCUACACGCAGACGACGGAUUGCUAGCAGGAACAAAGAAAAGUCGCGAGAAGCUGGUGACCGAGAUGAGGAAGGUGGUGAACGUGCAGGUGAGCGCGCCUAUGCGGGAGGUUGGCAACGAGCUCGAGUUUCUUAAGAGAAAGUACGUGAGGGUCCCGGAGGGCAUCAUCAUGUACAGCAGCAAUAGGUAUGCCGAGUCCCUGUUCGAGACCUUUGGCAGGGACACAAAGGAGAAGGACGCCCUUUCUCUUAUAUCUGGCUUUUCAAACUGCGUUCUGUUACAGCGUAGUCUCUGUCUGUUUCGUUGA